AUCCAUAACCCUUUAAAGGCACUGAAGCAGUAUUCAAGAAAAGUACAAGCCUCACAACCGCUCAAGCAAGUCCAAGAAUCAACUUUAAGUCCAGAUCCUGCUAGUAGCUCUUCCAGAGUGCAGAAAGUUUGCGGUGUUGAUGGAAUAAACAAAAAUCUACCAUCCUUUCUCAAAGUCAUUCUUGACUGCAAAACUGACAGGCUGCAAAUCUCCCCAGACUUUGAGAAGCAUUUAUCAGACUGGUCCGACACAGCAGUUCUGAAGACCAAGUCAGGAAAAACUUGGAAUGUGAAAACAUGUCAAACUUGCAAAGGACUCGCUCUGGUGGAUGGUUGGCAGGAGUUCUCAAGGGACCUCUCUUUGGAAAACGGAGAGCUUCUGGUCUUUGUAUACAAUGGGAAUAUGCAGUUCACUGUGCGAAUUUACGGGCCGAAUGGGUUGGAAAGGUUGGAAUAGUGUUUGUUUUGCCAGAAAAAAGAGACAUUUUCUUAGAUCAUGGGAAGUCUGCAUAUGUAUUGUUAAACUGUUCUUUUUGUAUUUUUAUAUAUGCAUGAGAAGUGUUCUGUUCUGUGUUUUUCUUUUCUCUUGAGAAAAUUGUUUUUGAGCUUAUUUG